UAAAAACCAUAAAUGAAUGCUUUUAAUGAGGCUUCCCACUUGUCCACCAUUUCUUUUUCUAGGAGGGGUCCUCUUUCGUGCUGCUCGCGAGUUUACCAAAAUAAGAAAAAAAUUGAUAUAAUGAGGUAUUUUGAGGUUUCUAUCCUGAAACUGGUCUUUCCUUAAAAUCAUUUUUUGUUUCUUUUCUUUUCUUUCUUUUUUUUUUUUUAAAAAAAAUCUAACUACGAAUAUAAAUAUUCUACGGUUUAGAAUUAAGGAAACCAGAGGACUUUGAGAAGCAUAUCAUCAAAGUUCUUUCUUUCUUUCUUUCUCUCCCUCCUCCUACCUAGCUUACAUCUGGCCAGGAAAGAAAAAAAAAAAAAAAAAAUCUUCUUAGGGUUCCUACAUUGCUGUCUUACUCAUACCUAACCAAGGUCUUUCCCACAGCUUUAUCAUCUCCAAUCUUUGCAGAUCUGAGACAUCCCAGAAAAGGUUGUGCUGUCUGAUUUUACCAUUUUUAGAACCAUCAAUCAUAAGACAUGAAAAAAAAUCCAUUCAUCCCUCAUCCAAAGUUUUUGGGUUCCUGUUUUCUCGAAACUAUUCAUUUGGGUUUCAUUGAGUUUUCAAUGAUAUAUCAUCUUCAAACUUGGAUCUUUGAUUUCUACUAAAAUUAUUCUUAUUUAUGGUUUGUCUUGCAGGACUUGAAAAUGGUGAGAGGGAAAACUCAGAUGAAGAGGAUAGAGAACGCAACCAGUAGGCAAGUGACUUUCUCAAAGAGAAGAAGUGGUCUUCUUAAGAAGGCCUUUGAGCUUUCAGUUCUCUGUGAUGCUGAAAUUGCCCUUUUGAUUUUCUCUCCAAAGGGAAAGCUUUAUGAGUUCACAAGUUCCAGUGCCAACCAUAUAAUAGACCGCUAUGAGAAGAGCUGCAAGAAUCAAUAUCUCAGCAAGAAGCUAGCUGAGGCAGAUUCACAGCAUUAUGAAGAAGAUAUUGCGAACCUGAGGAAGAAACUGGACCUUCUUGAAGAAAGUAAAAGAAAGUACAUGGGAGAAGGUUUAGAUUGUGCUUCUGUUGAGGAACUGCAGCAAAUUGAAAGACAGUUGGAAAAAAGUAUUAGCACGAUUAGGUCAAGAAAGGCGCUAUUGUACAAGGAGCAAAUUGAUAAAUUGAAGGAACAGGAGAAAAUUCUGUCGAAGGAAAACUCAGAAUUACGGAAAAAGUGUGACGAGCAGAAAGAAUUGGAGCUAUCAAUCACUCCUCAAAGCUUGCCAUUUAGACAAGCAAAGCAGAUGGAGACGCAAUUGUUCAUAUGAUCACCUCCUGAUAUUUAUAGAUCACAGGAGGUUUUUUUUUUUUUUCCCUAAUUUAAUUUUAAAACCACAUGAAAUUCUUGUUGGUUUCCCAUACUAUCUGGUUAUAUACACAUAUCUUUCUCUUUUUUCUUUUCGUUUAAAGUCUUCGCGUGUUGUCCAAUUUUCUUCAAAGUCUUUCUUCAUUAUAGGGGAUUACAUUACAACCCGCUAAGUCGAUAAGUUGUUCAUACUUUUGUCCGUAACAAUAUGAAAAUUCUGUUUAUAGUAUAACUCGUGUAUUUUGAAAUUAAUUUUGGGAAUAGUAUUGCUAGCGUAUAAUAUUGUACUACAUAAAAAUUGUAAAUUGACUAUAUAUGUCGCCUUACUUUCUUUUAGUAAUUUAAGUACUUUCUUGGUC